AUGGAAGACAAACUAGAACUGGAUUCAGGAACCGAAGACGUAACAAGACUGGACUCAGAAACUGUCAAUGAUGGGGGCACUGAAGAAGUAACAUUUGAAAGCAGUAAUGAAGACAAAGCAGAACUCGACUCGGGCACUGAUGAAGAAUCAGAACUUGUCUCAGACACUGAAGAAGUGACGGAACUUGAGUUCGAUGCCGAAAUGCUAGAUGGUACUUCAACAAUAACCGUUGCUGUGCCGCCCACCAGGGCCGGGAAAGUAAUUGUAGAAGUUUCAGUUCCAGUCCAAGUCGAGGUGAUGGUGAUAGCCGGUGUUGGCACAUCAACGACAACGGUAGCAUUGCCUCCUGGUACUCCUGAGAUGGUAGUUGUAGUGGUAUCGGAUCCGGUCCAUGUCGAUGUAAUCGUGUUGGUUGGGAUUGGAACUUCAACAAUAACAGUAUCGGACUGUCCAAGUUGUCCUUUUACUGUGGUAGUAGAAGUGUCAGAUCCAGUCCAAGUCGAGGUAAUAGUAGUAGUUGGGGUUGGCACUUCAACAAUAACGGUAUUACUCUCACCUGGUCCUCCAGUGACAGUUGUAGUGGAAGUGUUAGUUCCAGUCCAAGUAGAAGUAACGGUAGUUGUUGGAGUAGGUACUUCAACUAUAACAGUAUCGGAGCCACCUGGACCACCUUUCAAAGUUGUAGUCGAAAUUUCAGAUCCAGUCCAAGUAGAUGUAAUGACAGUAGUAGGAGUUGGAACCUCGACGAUAACAGUAUUACUUUGGCCUGGACCUCCAAUAAUCGUGGUGGUUGAAAUGUUAGAACCAGUCCAAGUGGAUGUAAGAGUGGUCGUUGGUGUUGGAACUUCAACAAUGACGGUCGCUGAUCCACCUGGUCCUGCUGGAAUCGUUGUAGUGGAUAUUUCAGAUCCAGUCCAGGUAGAAGUUAUCGUAGUUGUAGGAGUUGGAACUUCGACAAUCACUGUGUCACUUCCACCGAGUCCACCUUUAAGUGUGGUAGUUGAGGUUUCAGAUCCAGUCCAUGUAGAAGUUAUAAUUGUAGUUGGAGUUGGCACUUCGACAAAAACAGUGUUGCUUUCACCUGGUCCUCCAAUGGCAGUGGUGGUUGAAACAUCAGAGCCAGUCCAUGUAGAAGUAACGGUAGUUGUAGGAGUUGGAACCUCAAUAACGAUGGUAGCAUUACCUCCAGGUGCGGCAGAAAUAGUGGUUGAAGUAGUUUCAGAGCCGGUCCAAGUGGAAGUAAUCGUAUUGGUUGGAGUAGGCACUUCAACAAUAACGGUAGCAGUACCACCUUCACCAGCUGUAAUGGUUGUGGUAGAAAUAUCCGAUCCAGUCCAAGUUGAAGUGAUCGUACUAGUUGGGGUUGGAACCUCGACAAUGACAGUGUCACUUUCACCUGGACCUCCCUUGAUAGUAGUAGUUGAGGUUUCAGAUCCAGUCCAAGUAGAAGUCAUAACAGUGGUGGGAGUUGGAACUUCAACAAUAACGGUAUUACUCUCACCUGGUCCUCCAGUAACAGUUGUAGUGGAUAUCUGUGAUCCAGUCCAAGUAGAAGUUAUAAUUGUAGUUGGGGUUGGAACUUCAACAAUGACAGUAUCGGAGCCUCCAGGUCCACCCUUCAAUGUAGUAGUCGAGAUUUCAGAACCAGUCCAAGUCGAAGUAACAAUUGUGGUUGGAGUAGGAACCUCCACAAUUAUCGAGUUUGUUCCACCGGGACUAGCAAGCGCUGUAGUAGUUGUGGUAUCCGAGCCUGUCCAUGUAGACGUUACAGUAGUAUCAGGAAUUGGAAGUUCCACCACAAUGGUGUUAGUUCCUCCAGGGCCACCACUGACAGUAGUUGUAGUAGUACCGGAACCGGUCCAUGUCGAAGUGACGGUGGUAGUAGGAGAUGGUAUCUCAACAAUCACAGUAUCUGUGCCUCCAGGCACAGCCUUGAUAGUCGUUGUAGAAGUAUCAGAACCCGUCCAAGUACUUGUAGCAGUUGUGACUGGAAUAGGAAGCGCAACAAUCACAGUAGCCGUACCACCUGGAACAGCUGCCACGGUAGUGGAAGUGGUACCAUUUCCAGUCCAUGUUGUGGUUACAACAGUAGUUGGAAUUGGAUCGUACUCCACAAUAGUGACAGUUCCUCCUUUCGUAAUUUCACUGAAGGUGGUGAACAGGGUUUCCAGUCCAGUCCAUGUCGAGGUAAGUGUGGUUACUGGAGUUGGAAGAUCAAUUUCCACCGUUCCCGUCUCUCCAAUUCCUGCGGUAACUGUAUUGGUGAUGGUGGAUUUUCCAGUCCAGUAA